UGAGCGGGUACCGCGAACCGGGAUCGGGGUCUCCGCGGUGGUGGCUGUGGCUGGGGGGAGGUAGCGCGGCCCCUGCGGCCCGCAGCGGUUGUGGGUCCCGGAGUCCUCCUCCUUUCCCCUUCCACUGACGGUGCGUUCCCGUUGUCCCCGCAGCGGCGGGAGCCAUGGAGAUGCAGUCGUACUACGCGAAGCUGCUGGGGGAGCUGAACGAGCAGCGCAAGAGGGACUUCUUCUGCGACUGCAGCAUUAUCGUGGAGGGGAGGAUCUUCAAAGCGCACAAGAACAUCCUGUUCGCCAACAGCGGGUACUUCCGAGCGCUCCUCAUCCACUACAUCCAGGACAGCGGGAGGCACAGCACCGCCUCGCUGGACAUUGUCACCUCCGAGGCCUUCUCCAUCAUCCUGGAUUUCCUUUACUCCGGGAAGCUGGAUCUCUGUGGGGAAAACGUUAUCGAGGUGAUGUCUGCAGCCAGCUACUUGCAGAUGACCGACGUGGUCAACUUCUGCAAGACCUACAUCCGCUCCUCGCUGGAUAUCUGCAGGAAAAUAGAGAGGGAAGCGGCUUUCUAUCAGGCUGAUAGUGGGAGCACCGGGUCUGCCAGAGAGGGCACCUCCUUCAGCUCCAAGAGCCAGUGCUCUGCCUCUGUGUCCUCCCUGCAGGAGAAGGAAGGGAUUUCGGAUUGCCAGCAGGACCCUCCGUGUGGCGAGUGCAGUGGUUGCCAUCCCCUGGAGCUCGUGGUCCGGGACCCCGUCAGCAGCGACUCCCCGGACGAUGUCAACUCCUCACUGCCCAAAGGGGUGGAACCCAAGGUGGAGUUUGACUCGGAUGAGGUGGAGGUUGAGGUGGAAGCGGGUGAGCGGCUGCCGCAGUAUCCGACCCCGCUGUCCCUGGAGCAGAUGGAAGAGGGGCUGCACAGCGGGCAGGCCAUGGACUUGGCCUGCAAUAACUAUCACAUGAAACAAUUCCUCGAGGCCCUGUUGCGCAACAGCUCGGCUCAGAGAAAGGAGGACGUGGUCCAUCACUUUGUCCGGGGCUUUGAGGGUAGGCCAGAGGAUGCAGGGGUGGCAGUGAGCUCCAUGAUGGACAUUCACAGCGACUGGUAUGGUGAGGACACAGGUGACGUGUUAGUGGUGCCCAUCAAGCUUCACAAAUGCCCGUUCUGCCCCUACACAGCAAAGCAGAAAGGAAUCCUGAAGAGGCACAUCCGCUCCCACACGGGUGAGCGGCCCUACCCCUGUGAGACCUGCGGGAAGCGCUUCACGCGCCAGGAGCACCUCCGGAGCCACGCUUUAAGUGUGCAUCGAUCAAACAAGCCAAUCAUCUGCAAAGGCUGCAGGAGAACCUUCACAAGUAGCCUGUCGCAAGGGUUGCGGCGCUUCGGCUUGUGCGACAGCUGUACCUGUGUGACCACCACCCACGAGGACUCGAUGCCCAUCAACCUCAGCCUAAUGGAGCAGUCAUCAGAAGGCCAAGAGAAGGGUGAUGCCGAUAACGACUGGCCUAUAUAUGUGGAGUCUGGAGAGGAAAACGAUCCAGCUGAUGAUGAGGAUGCUGAUGGUGAUGACAAGCAGGAGAUCCACAGGAGCUUGUCAGACCGAGAAACACUUAUGUAGCAGUGAGAGGAGAAUGGGAGUGUUUGAAGUGUCUCUGUGACAGUGGUCAGUCUGUGACACAAGACUGAGUAUUUGCCCAGUUAGUGAGACUGUGCUGUUUUUUAUCAUUCCAUUUUUUAAUAGAAAGUGGGGAGAAUUGGAAUUUUUAAUACUUUUCAGUGCUGUGCACCAGAAAUCUGUGAAGAAUCUGCUGCCUGGGGUUCAUUGAGGUUGUACUUGAGCAAUCUCCAGUGGUGUCUCUGCCUCCUAGUCUUGAUUUUAUGGGUGGAACAUCUCUGUGUGUUUUGAUAACAGGUCUCUUCAAAUAAUGCUGUCACGGUCCUUAAUCCCUGAUCUGAAAGGGGCCCCAUCUUCUCUCUGAAGAUCACAUUAAAACAAGUGUGUUUUUUACCCAUCAUCUUGGACCAUUUCUAAGCUAAGUCACAAUCCUUUUGUAGUAGGACAGUAUUCUCCAAAUUGUAAAGGUUAAGGGUUUAUUUAGAGUGGAUUUGACCUGGAAACCAGGGCAGACACCCAGGAGAACAAAACCAUGCUGCUGCUGAGAGCAUAGACAGUAAGAGUACAUACAUUUCAUCUGACCUUAACUUUGCAGGUAUUUAGAAAAGAAGCUUCUCCUUCUCAAUUGCUUUUACUGCAGCUUCCUCUCUCAAGAGCUCAGCCUCCAGAGCUUCAGAUGUGUGAUGUUGUUUAGACUUUGGUAGUCUCGGCUUAAGCACACAUUAUGGUGUUGUGUGUCCUGGUCUCUCCAUUUAGACUGAGUGAACUGCCCAGUUCUCUUCAGCUUUUCAUGGUAGAAGUGGAAAGCUGUCAGUCAGGUCCUAUGGGAAUUGUGGUGGUGGCAGAUGAAGUAGCCACAUUCACCACUGGUGUAGCUGAGGAGUAGUUAAAUAUAAAUGUCUGAGCUGUGUGUAUAAAAGAGCUCUGAUGACCCUUUUUGAAGCUGUUGGGUAGGGAACCUCAGAGUUUUUUACUAGUCUCUUUGUAUGCAAAUCCUUUUCUUUCUCUUUUACUCUAUUUUCUUUCAGUCUUUGAUGAUCCUUCUCAUGGUUUACGUUAUUGUGUGAAUUUAUCCAAGUAUUUGUGUUGUUUUGUUGUUUUAAACAAAACCCUCUGGUGUAGACCUCCUGCUUCUUUGCUGGGAUAGAUAAAGGCUGGUUUCCAAAGGAGGUGAGAUCUUCUUUACCUUUCCAGUAGCAAACUGAUAAAAGCUAUUCAAGAUCAAGCUGGGAGGCUUUAGAAGAAAACACUCCACCACCAGAAAGCCUGUUUGCUUACAGAUAACCUCCUGUUUCCUAACGAAGAGGCAAAACUGAAAUAUACUGUGAAAUAAGACUGUUAAUGCUUCUUUACUGUGGUGUUCAUGUGUUUCCAUGAAAAGGCAAGUUGUAGGAGUCUUUCUGGCUGGAGUAAGUGCUAGAUCAGAAGCCUGUGGCUGACUAAGAGUGAGCAGUUCCUCCCACUUAACAAGGCAGUGAGUGCUUCCUCAGGUUUUAGGGUAAAGACUUUACACUUUCCAAACAUCAGACAGAACCCAAAACCCGAAGAGCCCUCUGAUUUAACCAGUUGGAUUCUUUUUGCCCAUCUUAUGCUUUUAUUUGACGUACUGAAAAAGAACAAUUCAGCUUCUCUGUCUGCUCCAUCCUGCAGUGAUGUUGUAAUUUCCUUGGGGGCAGUGAUUCUGGUCUCACAAAUGCAGUUGAGAAUUCAUUGCCAGAUGGGGUAGGGUGAGGAGAGAAGAAACAAGCUGCUUUUGAAGCCAUCACUUUCCUGGUGAUUCUUGAAAACAGCAGAAGGGAACAAGACUUGCUUUGAAAGGAUCUGGUCUUGAGUGCCACCUUCGCAAGGAGAUCCUGGCAUCACAGGCUGUAAUUUCAGUUGCUUGAGCUUUCAGUAGCCCCUAUUCCAGGUCAUCUGUAGAUCAGAGCUUGUAACAGCUGAACAGUGUCAUACUGACACAAAUCAUCCUAGAAAAAUCACUGGGACACCAUCUUUGAAACCUGAGGGCUCUGUUUUAGUCAUCUAAAUCAAGACCAUCAAAUGCCAGCUCAUGUAGAUGCCAAAGUUGGAGCCAACCUCUGGUUUUGGGUCCUUGGGGGUUUUGAAUAUCUGAGCAAAAGAAGGGGCUGUAAAUCUUGGUGGCACAUUGCAAACCCCCCUGCAGCUGACCAGGGCUAAGCCUUUGGGGUACCACUAGAUCUUUGUUGAGUCCAUCCAACAUCGGAGGGUAUUUUUGGGGAUUAUCUGCUUAAGGGUGAACUUCUGCAUGUGAGAACACCUGGAAAAGAGUCAGAUUAUCUGUGUUGGGAGACAAACUUGCAAAUGGAAGUGGGUAAGAAUGUAAAUAGGGAUCCAAACUGGUAUUUGGUGGCCAGGCAUCCCCAUUUCUGUUCGUUCUGGCAUGAAGGUGCCACCUGAUUGUAAAUAUUGGUAGAAGCCACUCGACAUGGACUAUUGGCCAAGCGUGGUUCUGGCUGGUGCAGCACAAACUGCUGGGAGAUUCAGCUUCUCCCAUGGCUGACUCUGAAAGUGAAGACACUCAGAGUAGGGAAAACGAACCUCUUGUGAAAGUCUGUGUUGUAAGAGCUGCAGGAAGAGACCUUCAGCCCUUUUACUUGAGCUUUCCUUGGUCUUAGAGAUUGUUCUUGUGUGUCUUGUGCGUAGAGAAUGGCGCUGUGCUGAGGUGUGUGUACCAUGGGGAAGGGGUGCGGGUGGGGGGUUCACGUGCCGGGCUGAAGGUGACCACCACAAUGGUGUUUCCUGUUGAACUGUCAUGUUGUGCUGCUUCGUUUUCAGUGGAGUCCUUCAGCCUUUGUACUUAGGAUGUAGUUUAGCCCCGUUCUUGUGACCGGGUGUUCAUGUAAAGCUGUUUGCUGUGCUUUCCACUUAGGUUUUUGAAUGUUUUUCUUCAAACCAUUCACUGUAGAUGCAACCUCCACAAGCUUUGAGAAGAGGAUGUGGCUGGUUUACAGUAUUCAUAUGGUGCUUGAUGAAGAAUCAAAAAUAAUGGGUUUAGGGAAGUUAUUUCUAAUACAAUCUUUUUCUCAAAGGUUUUUAAAGGCCCUGCAGACUUGGUAGCUUGAAAUCUUGGCUCGGCCUCACUGACUUUGUUUGGGAUUAUGUGUUUGAAUGGACUUUUGCACAUAAGUGCACUGUAUUUCAUGAAAGGGAUACAUGCUGCACUGGUAUUUGUGGUGCAUUAAACAUCUUGGUGCAAGACCUUGUAAAUCUUCCAAAUGUGGUCGUUGAAUUUCCUGCUGUUUUGUAAGGCAGUUUCAUAACUGAAGUCCUUUGGUCUAGAUGAACUGAGGAAUUCUUAGAAACCAACCUUUGUUUGUAGAAGUGACUUAACUAUUCUGUGGAUCUUGGAGCUUUUUGAUUGUCUAGAAAAUAAAACUCUCCAUGAGGGUUGCUUUGAUUUA